UUUUGAACGUGGAUAUAAGAUCUGAAACGUUAUUGGCCAUCGACUCGCUCUCGGAGAUUUUAUAUAUUUUCUAGAACGACCUGUACGAAUCACGCGCACACGAUUAGUGGAGUACGAUAUUCUGAUCGAUAAGUACCGAGUUGGACAAUAACUCGAAACUCGAAGGCUGGCGGCGUGGCUGAUCGUUCUCCCCCAUUUUUUGACAGUACGCCUGAGAUAUUACACGCUCUCGAAAGAUGACUGCUCACGACCAAAUGCGAGCUAUGCUUGAUCAGUUGAUGGGAACUGGACGGAACGAGUCUCUGGAAAAAGCAAUUCCAAUCAGAUCCAUUGUACAAUAUUGUUGCGAGUAUUGUCCGCUCAUAUGUUGUGUUGUACUUGUCGCUCUCACACGCGCGUUACUGUAAGUACUGAAAAAGCGAAGAGGACGUACGUAUUACAAUUCUACAAUUUGAUUAUCUCUUUAACAUAAUUCAAGUACCAGGUAUAUUAAUUUGAUUAAUGAUACAUAAAGGCGGGCGGUUACCUCAGCCCCUCUACCGGUCAACGGUGGCGAGGCUGAGUAGUCGAAUAUUAAUUCCGAGACCCUGA